AUAUGGUGGACAAUUGACCACAAAAAUUCAAAUUUUACAGAGAAAAAUCAGAUUUUACCUAUCAAAAUGCCAUUUGGUGUCAAACCAAUAUGCGCCACUUGCAAGACAAAUCUAUCCACUAUGUGGAGAAAGGGACCUCAGGGCGAGGUCUUGUGUAAUUCCUGCGGUUUGAAGCACUUGAAUCCUGGGGCUGAAGGUGGCGGGACAGAUAAUGGAAAUGGCAAUAUAAGCGGUGGUAGCCAAGCCAGCAGUAGCACCGUCAACGUUGUGAAAACACAGAAUGGUGCAAGCAAUAGUAGCGUGCAACAGGGUGUUCUCCGGAAGAGUGCGCGUUUAAAACCGACACGACACAGGCACCAGAACAUCACGAAGGGCAUUGCUACGAAAGGAAAGAGCAGGAGAGUUAUUUUCAAGAAAAAUCCAAUCAAAUCUCCGAAUCCCGUUGCCACUGUUGUGACAAGUGAUUGGGUAUUUUAUAAGGGUACUUACUUCCAAGCUGGUGACAUCGUUUCUCUUCUUGAUGAGGAUGGUGGAGUCUACUACGGCCAGAUCCGCGGAUUCUUGCAAGACCAAUUCCUUGAGAAGAGUGCAAUCAUUACCUGGCUACUGCCAACUCAGGCCAGUCCAAGAGAUGUCUUCGAUCCGUCUACCUAUAUCUUGGGCCCAGAGGAGGACCUACCACGAAAACUUGAAUAUCUGGAAUUCGUCUGCCAUGCCCCAUCAGAAUACUUCAAGUCCUACCGAUCGCCUUACCCCACCGUUUCACUCAAACCCGACCUGUGUUUUAUAUGGACAAAUAUCGGACCAGAUAUCCGAACGAUUCCGACCACGGAUGAAAUAUUCGGUCCUAAAUGUGAGGAGAUACUGCCAGGAGAAGUGGGACCGCGACCAACAACGCCUAAAAAAGUUGAUUUGCACCGAAAGUCCAUGGAGAAAAAGUUGGACAUUAUUAAAAUGGAAAUAAGUUGAAUAGUUAGACAGCCUUGAAUGUCUAAGUGCAAUUUUGUAUUUUGUGAAUAAAUAAUGUUUUAAUAGUAAA